AUGAGUGACUCACCGGCCGCUCCAGGAACUCCAUCUGGCUCCGGGGAAAGCUCUCCAGAGGACGAUUACAUUGGCAGUAACGAAAAGUCGCCAGAGCCAGAGCUCGGAAAAAAGGCAGAUGUAUCUCGGAAAAAUAGCAAAGAAAAAUCUCGAUCCGCCAGUCCAAAAGAGAAAAGUCCUCGCCGACGUGAAUCAAAAGAUCGAAGCAAGAGCCGAUCUCCAAGAAGGUCACGACGUAAAGCUACACCAGAAAGACGCAGAUCUCGAGAUCGUGAUCGUGGGGAUCGAGAUCGAGGGGACCGUGGCCGUGGGGACCAUGAACGUUCGCCAGAAAGACGCAGAGGUGGUGACCGCUCACCAAAAAGGCGAAGACGGUCACCAUCCCCUAAGCGUAAAGCUUCUCCAGAAAGACGAAGACGAUCCCGAUCACCAAAGCGUCAUGCCAGUCCUGAACGGCGGAAACGGUCGCUAACGCCGCCGAAACGUGCUCGACGUGAAGAAUCACCGGAAAAGGCAAAAGAAAAUGAAGCUCCUCAAAAAGAAAAGAAAGAGACUGUUGAUUUAUUGCGUUCUCGCACUGGAGGCGCAUACAUCCCACCAGCGAAGCUGAAGUUGAUGCAAGAACAAAUUCAGGAUAAAUCGGGUGAGCAAUUUCAACGAUUGAAUUGGGAGCGUCUGAAGAAAAAGAUCCACGGUCUCGUCAAUAAAGUCAACGCCAGCAAUCUUGUCGGAAUUGUGCGAGAGCUUCUACAAGAAAACAUUAUCCGCGGAAAGGGUUUGCUGACUCGAUCGAUAAUUCAAGCACAAGCCUUUUCUCCAACGUUUUCACAUGUAUACGCUGGUUUGGUUGGGGUGAUUAAUUCCAAGUUUCCUGUUAUUGGUGAAUUGACACUUAAGCGUUUGAUCGUGCAGUUCAAGCGGUCUUUUCGUCGAAACGACAAAGCAACAACGGUGACUGUCAGUAAAUUCCUCGCACAUUUGAUCAAUCAACAAGUGGCUCACGAGUUGCUUGCCCUUGAGAUUAUGCUUUUGAUGCUUAAAACACCAACGGAAGAUUCAGUGGAAGUGUGUAUUGCUUUUUUGAAAGAAUGUGGCGCGAAACUGACAGAGAUUGCCCCGCGUGCCUUGGACAAUGUUUUCUCAAGACUUCGAAACAUUCUUGCUGAAGCACAAUUGGAUUCACGUAUUCGUUAUAUGAUUGAAACUGCAAUGGCAAUUAGGAGAGAUAAAUUUGCGGACUACCCAGCUUUAAUUGAUGCACUCGAUCUUAUUUCGGAAGAGGACCAAAUUACACAUACCCUUUCCCUUGAAGAUGCUACCGAUCCUGAAAAUAUGCUUAACAUUUUCAAACUGGAUCCCGAUUUUGAGAAAAAUGAAGCUGCCUUCAACGAGAUCCGUGAACAAAUCAUUGGUGACGCCGGUGAAAGUGAGGAGGAAUCAGAGGAAGAAGACAAUGAUGAAGAGGGUGACGACGAAGCAGCUGCAAACGCUCAACCUCAACAAAUGGAAAUCAUUGACAACACUGAGCAAAAUCUCGUUGCUUUCCGUCGCGAAGUUUAUUUGACAAUUCAAUCAUCGCUCGACUAUCAAGAGGCCGCUCAUAAACUUCUCAAAAUGGGUGUCAAGCCAGAAUUGGAGCCGGAACUCAUUCACAUGCUCGUUGAUUGUUGUGCACAGCAACGUACUUAUGAAAGGUUUUAUGGACUUCUCUGCGAGCGUUUUUGUCGGUUGAAACGUGAAUUUCAAGCUACUUUUGAGACGAUAGCUCGUGAGACUUAUCAAACUAUCCAUCGCUUUGAUAUUACAAAACUGAGGAAUAUGGCUCGUUUGAUCAGUCAUUUGCUUUUCACAGAUGCCAUUACUUGGGAUGUUUUGAGCGAAAUCCAUUUGAACGAGAAUGAGACAACUUCUUCGGGCAGGAUUUACAUCAAAACCAUUUUCCUUGAAUUGGCCCAAAUGAUGGGACUCCCAAAGCUGUAUGAAAGAAUCUGUGAUCCUACAUUGCAACAUGCGUUUGAGGGACUUUUCCCUCGGGACAACCCAGCCAAUACUCGCUUCGCCAUCAAUUUCUUCACAUUAAUCGGUCUUGGUGGACUGACGGUGGAUCUUCGCGAGUUUUUGGAAAAAGGCGGAAAGAGGAAGAAAUCUGACUCCGAAUCAAGCUCUGAAUCCUCUUCAUCAUCAUCCGACGAUGACAGCGAGAGUGGCUCUGAUACUACUUCUUCAAGCUCGUCAGAUUCGGAUUCAAGUGAUGAU